AUUUUAGCAUUACUCUCUAACUGGGCACAACUUCCGCUUUUACAAAUCGAUAUAUUUACAUUACGAUUUACAAUUUUUUACUCUCUGCAUUUUUUGCUGCAUAAACCUUUUAAAGCAACAAAAAUGUCGAACGGAGAUGGAAAUCAUCCUGGUGUAGAAAUCCUGGAAAAUAAAAACCAAUUAAAGAAUGGAGAAACUCUUUUUGGGGAAGAAUCCCUGCAGAACGCACCGUUUAAAGAACCGAGACUCUUCAAGAGAGCUAAGAGAGUCAUGUCUGCACCGCAAAAAGAAGAUAAACAAGCGUUGAAUUUGAAGCGAAUGCCGUUUUCAAAGAAUAGCAAGAAGUCCAGAACUGGAAGACGGGGUUUGCCAAAGAAAGGUGGCGGCGGCGGCAAAGGAAUCUGGGGUCUUCCAGGUGCUGAAAUAACUGAAGAAGAAAAUACCGAAGAUAAAUGCGAUCCUAAUUACGAUUCGGAUUCCGCAACCGAAGGUGUUCGCUUGGUAUCCGUUUCCCCUCCUCUCUUGACAAAUGUUAACGAAAUCAGGUCUGCAGUUGAGAAUCUUUUAAAAGAAUUUUUCGAACAUGGCGAUACUAAUGAAACUAUUGAAUGCUUGGACGAAUUGAACAUUUCGCUGGGUCUUAGAUAUAAGAUUAUUGUUAUUGCCGUUUCAUUGGCAAUUGAUCGUCAUGACCCUCAAAGGGAAAUGACAUCACGCCUCAUCGCCGAUUUAUCGAUGUCGAUGCUGGUUGAAGAAGAUAUUCAAAAAGCUUUUGACGAGCUUUUAUCGGUCGUCCCUGAUCUAGCGAUCGAUGUCCCAGAGGCUGCCAGUAUGCUCGGAAGAUUUAUGGCAAGAGCGGUAGCUGACGACUGUCUUCCACCUGCUUUUAUGAAACAGUACAAGGGAAGAUCAGAAAGCUCUCAAGCAGCUGAUUCUCUAAGUAAAUCUGAAGUUCUACUUAAUAUGAAACACGGUAUUGUUCGUUUGGAUAACGUUUGGGGGGUUGGAGGUGGAACAAGGCCAGUUAAAGCUUUAAAGAAGCGCAUAGCGCUACUGCUCACCGAAUUCCUUUCUUCAGAAGAUGUCGACGAAGCGACAAGAUGCUUAAAAGAAUUGGACGUUCCUCAUUUCCACCACGAACUUGUUUAUGACGCCGUUGUUAUGUCAAUUGAAAAGUCAACCGAGCGUGCAGCUCAGCUAAUAUGCAACCUUUUGAAGAGUUUAUGUGAGACAAUUGUCAUCACCCAGGACCAAAUGGAGCAGGGUAUGAAACGAGUUUUUGAGGAGAUGUGUGAAAUAUGUAUUGAUGUUCCGGCUGCUUACGUUCUACUUGAACAUUUGGCGAACAAAAUGAAGAGUAGCGGAAUUCUGUCGGACAGACUAUAUCAAGAACUACCGUCGAGAGGACGAAAGCGUUUCGUAUCAGAAGGUGAUGGAGGCCUUAUCAAGUCGUAAAAAUAAUCCGAGUGAACGAAAACACUUGAGUUUGUAGUUUUAACUGUAAAAUUUUGCGAAUUGCUAGACAUGGUGAAAAACUUAAAAAAGCCAAGAAAAAAAGAAAAUACCUCAACGUAAAAAUGAAAAAAAAUAACAGAACUGUGUGUUUGCUUAUAUAUAUAUAUACAGUAUACAUAGAUAUAUUCAAGUAUAUGUAUUGAAGAAAAAAACACAUACAUACGUAACUUUUGUUUCUGUUUGUUUUUUUAAAUAAAGACAAAGCAAACGUUCUACGUUUCCUCUUCGAAUUUUCCAGAGUCCCUUAGCCAUUGUAUUAUACGCCAUCGACUCGCCGAAGAUUCUUCAACAUCCAUCGACGACUGACAUUGAAUUUUUUUGAGAUUUUCAACGCUUAAUUUCAGAUUUCGUUCCUGUUUUCUGCCGAAAGCACUCUUUACUUGAAAAGGAGAAGAGAAACUUUUAUCUUGCCUACUGCAAAAGUAUUUCAAUUUCAUACGAGCCAUAUCAUAAUUUUCUUUAGCUUCGUUGAAUGCAGUUUGUACCCUACAAGGUGUAUUUCUCGACGAAGUUAAUUGAGUAGUCGGGGAACCGAGAGAAGGCAAAUAUAAACUUUUAAUAGCUAUUGUAAUAUAGAUACGAAAAAGUGAAAAGAUACUAGAGGGAGCUCUUGUAUUUCUUUAAUUUGUCAUCAAGUAUAAUUAAUUAAAUGUAUAUUCUAAAGAGUGUGAGUAUAUUUAAGAGAAACGUCGGUAGCGAUUAGAGAUUCUCGCCGUCUCUAUACAGUAUAUACUGUAUAUAUUUUGUUCUAUUUCAUCUUUAUACAUUAAAUAAAUUGUUUCUUUAUCCUUUAAAUUUAGAAAAGUAUCAUAAAAAGAAAGUAGUUUACGAAAGAUAUACAAAGUAACAAAGAGAGAAAGAAUGAAAAGUAACAGGAAGAUUUGGAGAGACACUCGUGUUGAUUGUUUUUACUAGUUGUAGGCUUAACUUACUGCAAUUUUACAUACAUUAUAUACUGUCUAUAUGUAUAUAUACAAGACAGCACUCUUCUCUUGUUUCCCCCCUACUGGUAUUUUGUAAUAUUCCGGUUCCUCUGAUAACGGGUAGUGGUGGAGCAGGACUCGACAAUAUCUUUUCAAUCUUCGAACUCUUUUUCCUUUUUGAACUUAAUGAGAAAAAGUCUGUAGAUUGACGAUUCAAUGCUCGUAUCCUGAACUUUUGAUAUGGCGAAACAUUCGACAUAAUUACUAGUCUGACCAGGUAAAGUAUAUUCUAGCGGAAGAAGAGAAAAAAGUAAAAUCUUGAAGCAAUCUAGUUAUAUUGCCCAUAAAUUAUAAAUACAGUAUAUUAUUCGACAAAUCGAAGCCGGAUUAGCGAUUAUAUAAAUAGUAUUAAGAGUAAAUAUGACAAUUAUAUACUGUGGCUAAGCCACUUUAUGAUAAGUUGUAGACUCUUGAAAGAGUAGUUAAUUGACAAGGAAACAAUAGAAAUGAUUAAGCCUAUAAUUUCUAUUUUACUUAAUUCUCUCCUCUAAGAUCUUCUGAGACGGCUUUCUCCUUUUUAGUUUUCUAAUUUUCUCUUCAGAAGUAACAACAACAACAACACAACAACGACGGUGACGUCGACCUUGCCAAUAAUAAUAUCGAAGAGAAAGGAUCGGUUACAAAGUACUUUCUACAUUUUCCCUUCAUUUAAUAUACUUAAUUUAUCUCGUAAAAUAGAGUAGGUUUAUGAUAUUCUUAGCCUUUCUCUUCUUCCUCUUCUUCCGCAUCUUUUCUUGCGUUAUUUUUAAAAGUUUACAGCGAAGAGAGGUGAAAUAAAAACAAGAUUAAUUAUAUAUUCGCUUCCUCUCUAUCUCUCUUAUCUAUCAUCCAUCUUUCUAUCAUAUCUGGCUGUAGUAAUAAUUAAUGCAGUAGGCUUAAUUAAAUGAAUAUCACUGUAUUUUUUAAGAGAAAAGUCGAUAAACUCAUCACUGUGGGACAUAUUAAAUAACAGUCAAUUUUCCCUCGUUUUCGUAUCAAAAAUUAAGAGAUAAAGAAAGAAAGAAAGAAAGAAAGAA